AUUGUUGUGAUAAACUUAUUAAAUAGAUAGUUGUCAUUGACAAUUGGUUUACACUGAUUCUGUGAUGUCGUCGAAUAUUUCAUCUGGGCGUCAAUUUAUUGUCGGCUCAAAAUAUCGAUUAAUCAAGAAAAUUGGAAGUGGUUCAUUCGGAGAUAUUUUUCUGGGAAUAAAUGUCUGCAAUGGAGAGGAAGUUGCAGUUAAGAUGGAGCCAACUAAAGCUCGUCACCCACAGCUUCAGUACGAGUACAAAAUAUACCGCAUCAUCCAAGGUGGACUCGGUAUUCCAAAUGCUCGCUGGUUCGGUCAGGAAAGAGAGUAUAAUGUUCUUGUAAUGGACCUUUUGGGACCCUCAUUAGAAGAUCUUUUCAAUUUCUGCUCCCGGCGGUUCACUAUGAAAACGGUGCUAAUGCUGGCAGAUCAGAUGAUUGGACGGAUAGAAUACGUUCACAACAAGAGUUUCAUUCACAGGGAUAUAAAACCAGACAACUUCGUCAUGGGUAUUGGCAGGCACUGCAACAAGUUGUACCUGAUCGAUUUCGGGCUGGCUAAAAAGUUCCGAGAUCCGAAGAGUAAACAGCACAUCGCCUACAGAGAAGAUAAGAACUUGACAGGAACAGCUCGUUAUGCCAGCUGCAACGCACAUCUGGGAGUUGAGCAGAGCAGGAGAGAUGACAUGGAAUCAUUGGGCUAUGUGCUCAUGUACUUCAAUAGAUCAGCCCUUCCAUGGCAGGGACUGAAGGCCAACACGAAGAAACAGAAGUACGAGAAGAUUUCAGAGAAGAAGACAAACACUUCAGUCGAAUCUCUCUGCAAGGGAUUUCCGGCGGAGUUCGGCAUGUACUUGAACUACUGCAAGCACCUUCGCUUCGAAGAGGCCCCAGACUACAUGUACUUGAGACAGCUGUUCCGCAUCCUGUUCCGAACCCUCAACCACCAGUACGACUACAUGUUCGACUGGACCAUGCUCCGACAGCAGAGGUCCGGCGGACAAGAGCCAGUUCCCAUGCAGAGUUCCCAGGCUAUUGCCAGCUCAAACAACGGAGCAAAAGCUGCUCAUUCAGACCAAAGAAAUUGAGUUAUCGUCACCUCAGUUCCUCCAGAUUUAUUAGUUAACGUUUUUAAACAAUAUACAGACUGAAUGGUGCUCUCAAAUGAAGAAAUUCAGUAUGAAAGAACACCGAAAGAAAGAAGCACUCUUCUCAAUACAGCACAACUAAAAAGAACAGAACAGAAAACCCUGUUCUAGCCCUAACCCACAAAGAAACUCACUUUAAGUCCACUUCUUUCUACCCUCUAGAGCAAACUGUCAAAUAUAGUGUUUUAUCUAAGGGGGUGUCUUUCAUAAGUAUGUUCAUAAAGAUUGAAGAGAAAGUUUACCAAGCAUUCUAGCUGAAAAUGAUGGAAAACUAGCUAAUAUUAAUCGUCUGCCAAUUUCACAUAUCGGCAUCCUCAUUUUCGUGAUGACUAGACGAAAAACCGUUAAAAAUCAGAAACAUAAUUAGGAAGACAGCGCCCAUUAAAUGACAUCAUUAAGUGUUUCACCAUUGUUUGGCGAAAGUUAGACGAAGAGUAUCUUCUUUCUCAAUUGAAGGGAGUUGAACAAGCUUUUGAGGUCUUUGAAAUUGAGUAUUUCAAAUUCAAGUUGACAUGAUAAAAAAAGCUUGUUCUGCUCUGCUUAAUUUUUGCCAAUUGAUUUAAAGUUCUGGUCAACAGCUCAAAGUUUCCUAAUGAUUAUACAAAAAAAUUUCGGGACUUUUUUCCCUUCCCCCCCCCCCCCCCCCCAACCUCACAUAAGCAUCAGUUUUUUUGGUGUAAGCAGGGUUUUAUCAAGUUUAAGUAUCAGGCCCAACUGUUGGUCAUGGCCUAGUCUGCGCGCCAAUUUUUGCAACAAUCGGACAAUGCGAACGGUAACUUUACUAGUAAAAUUUCUGAUACUUUACUGGGGGGUAGGAAAAAGUCAAAUUUCGAUUAAUCAACAUCUAACUUGUUUACGAGUUGUUGGGCGUUUGAGCUUUAAAACCAGUGCUCAUUAUAAAUCUUCAAAUAAUUGCCUGUCACUUUAAUUGGUAGAUAAAAGUUGUAGAUUUCUAGAUUAAAAACAAAAUAUGCGUUGAAUGAUAUCUGAAACUCGAAUCUUCUCCCCCGAAAUAUUAACAUAGCAGGGCUUGAAGUCAUCGGCUUCAAUCGAAAGCAAACAAGAAGCUUACCUACUUUUUUUUCAGAUUUAUUGUCAGGACUACUGAGUAACUUAACUGCCGUCUUUCAUUGACUUAUUUUGGGUCAUAAUUCUAUUACCUUAUUAAAAUGGCCCAAUUUUCAAUGAAAAGUGGUGGUUUUUUCGACACCUGACUAAAUACUUUAUAUCUGUGUGAAUUCUGCAUUGAGAAUUACAGAUUGGGCGUCACUUUAGAAUCCUUUAGUUAUCCUAUCGUUUCAUGCAAAUCAUUCAGCAAGAAAAAACUUUCUUCAAAACGAGCUUAACGCAAUGAAUUGUAUGCGGAAAUAUAAAAUCCUUAGUUUGAAGAAAUUUUUUUCAUUGAUUUGCUCGGGUUUCAAAUUAAAUACAAAUUUAUCUUUGUCUUUUUAUGAACUAGAUUGAUGGUAGCUGUAAAUAUACUAUUAUACUAGCAAGUGACUCGAAUAUUCAAUAUUAAGUGUCGAGAGUUUCGCGAUUUUUUUGUUUCGGGUCACUUAGUUUUCUCAGAGAUUUAGACGUUUUUGUUGUGAAGCGUCAGUCAUUUUCAAACAUAUCUCUGAGUUUUGUUGUUAAUUUCUUCAUGUAUUAACGCCAUUUUUUGUGUCGAAAGGCUGCUAGAACUGUUACAUAAAAUAAUGUUAUCGGGUUGAUAGUAAUUAUUCUAACGUCAAUUUCAACAAUUAAAUGUUUUAUUUCCUAA